GGGAGCAGUCGGCUGGAGACACUCACACACAAAGACACACACACUCGCGUCCGCUUUGAGGAAUGGAAGUCAACGCCUCUAGUAAUGGUGAGUCUUCGGCAGGCUCUCCACAGACAAGAACCUUGUGUGAAUAUUUCCAAUGCUCAAAACAAUUGCGAAAAUACGUGAAAACUCUUCUGGACUCGGGAAGGACCCAGAUCGCUUGCCCCGUGUGUGACCAGAAGUGGGCGUGGCAGGAGGUACGGGCGCUGGCCCUGCUGACCACCAGCGACCAGACACGAUACGAAACUAAGCUGUUACGGAUGUCCAGGGUGAAAACCGAAUCGUAUAAGAAGUGCCCGGGAUGCUGGCGUUUGCUGCAGAGGUUGGAGGUGGAGGAUCUUCACGUCGUUUGCCCGCAGUGCACACGGACCGGCGGAGAGGCCUUUCGCGUUUGCUGGUCGUGCGGGAGGCAGUGGAGGGGCCCGGCCCCUGGUGGCGGUGCCCACUGCUCCGACCGUUCCUGCCCCACCGUCUCCCUCCUCCAGAGCUGCCCGCCGAUCGACGGCCCCAGCCUCGCGGUCAACGGGUGCCCCUCGAUCCGCGCCUGCCCGCGGUGCCGGGCGCUGGUCGCCCACGCCGGCGGGUGCAAGUACGUACGCUGCGGGCCGUGCAGCUUCCGCUUCUGCUACCGCUGCCUGGAGCCCUCAAAGCUGUGCCAACAGGCAAAAUCCGGCUCGUAUUUCCUGGCAAAGUGCGGCAAGCCAUUUGCAGCCAGGCAGUCCUUCCCGCUAGAGUAGGCCACUUGUAGAGACACUUGGACUAUCCUUUACCUUGCACUAAACGUUAUUCCCUUUA